AUGACUCGCUCAGUCAUUCUCACAGCGUCACUGCUGGGCCUUGCCAAUGCUCUGCCGGGUCGCGAUGACCCAGCUAUUUUAAAACGAGCUUGCCCGGACUACGUUUCAUAUGCGUCAACGCCGCACGCACCUUAUAGUGAAGGGCCCUUGAAGCUUCCCUUCCAGCGUCCUGCAGAGGCAUGUCGAACAUUUUCAUCACCCGCUGUGGAGAAGGUGAUUGACGAUAUCACCGCGCGCCUAACGGACAAAGACCUGGCCCAGCUGUUCCGCAAUGCCUACCCCAACACUCUGGACACAACUAUUAAAUGGCACACCAACGGAUCCAGCACCUCCACCAAGCGUGUCAGGGCACAAUCCGGCGCGCAGUGGACAGGCACGCAGACCUUUGUCGUGACAGGCGAUAUCAACGCCGAGUGGCUGCGCGACUCGACCAACCAGCUCACAAAUUACCAAGCCCUAGCGUCAAAAGACCCAAGCCUAUACUCCCUCAUCCUUGGAGCUAUCAACACCCAGUCCGAGUUCGUCAUCCAGAACCCAUACUGUAAUGCCUUCCAGCCGCCCUCACUCAGCGGCAUUAAGCCAGAAAAUAGUACUCAGCAAGACCAAGUUCACCCGGCCUACGAAAAGUCCUUUGUCUUCGAAUGCAAAUACGAGCUUGACUCACUGGCUCAUUUCCUCCUCCUCGGCACAGAGUUCCACGAGAACACCGGCUCAACCGAUUUUCUGACAGACCGCUGGUACAAAGCUUUACAAACUGUACUGAGCACCAUAGACGAGCAGUCCCAACCAACCUUUGACUCAAAGAACCAAUUCGUCACAAACGCAUACACAUUCCAGCGCCAGACGAACAUCGGCACUGAAACCCUUAACCUGGGAGGCGUAGGCAACCCCCUAAACAGCGGAACAGGUCUCAUCCGCAGCGCUUUCCGUCCCAGCGACGAUGCUACAAUUUUCGGCUUUUUUAUCCCACCCAACGCAAUGAUGUCCGUCCAGCUCCAGAAAACAGCAAAGGUCAUCAAAGCAGCCGGCGGGCCAGAUGAUCUAGUCAAAGACCUACAACAGCGCGGCGAGAACCUAGCCAAGGCAGUCCACGACCACGGUAUCGUCCAGCACCCCACCUACGGCGACGUCUACGCCUUCGAGGUAGACGGCUACGGCUCGCGCGUCCUGAUGGAUGACGCUAAUAUCCCAUCGCUGCUCGCUCUUCCAUACCUCGGGUUCCUGGAUAAAUCAGACCCGGUCUACCAGAACACCCGCAAGAUGAUCACCUCCAAAUCCGGGAAUCCUUAUUACCUGGAGGGUCCGGCGUUCUAUGGUAUUGGCGGUCCGCAUGCUGGUCUUGAGAAUGCUUGGCCUAUGUCUUUGCUCGUUGCGGCUAUGACUUCUGAUGACGAUGAUGAGAUUUUGGCGAAUAUCAACCUUGUCCGAGAUUCGAGCUUGCUCGGUCUUGUUCAUGAGUCUAUUAAUGUUACUAAUAUCAAGGAUUAUACUCGUCCUUGGUUUUCGUGGGCUAAUUCUGUCUUUGCCCAAACUAUUCUUAAGGUUGCUGCUGAGAAGCCGCAUCUGAUCUUUGGGGAGGGGGCUCAGGCUUAUACUGUGUCAUAG